GUUCACACUCCACUCGCCUUAAGCGCCGCCGCAGCUACAUUGCUACAUUGCUGCAUCGCUUCAUCGGCUUGCUGACUUCACUUUCCUCCCCCAAGCAUUGUCACCACGACUUUACCAGAUCUUCUUCUAAUUUCUGAAUCGAGUCUUCUGAUAUUCCCUCGAGAUUUUUGAAUUCGGCACCCUCGAUAUUAUACCCCGUUUGUUUAUCGUCAGUUUACCCCGCGGCAUAGCUGAAGAAAAUACGUUCGUCUUAUUUAGAUCGCAAGGCUCUGGCUCAGCCAUCUUCAAAAUUGUUGUGCCGGCCGCUCAUAGUAUAGGAGGAACAUGGUUCCACCUUGACAUCGUCUAACAAGAGCUACGCGAUUCCGGUAUUAUAUCGGAAUACUUAUAUACUAACCCUGGGGUCAUCCACCUAUCCUAACCUCAGCUAUGACCAUGAACGCGGGAUACACAGUCUCACCUGCGUCGCUUGACCUUCGCGAUCACCUCAAUGAUCGCACACAACAACCCCGCCGCGACGCCCAGCCCAGCUACAACUACAACUACAACCAGAAGUGUCCUGUCACACCUAUUGAGUCCCAUUUGUUGUCGCCGUUUUCUUCUCACGUUCGAAGUAACUCUGCUUCUCCUACAACUAAUAUCAAUACUCCCGCGGACACCGUCUCCACAACCGACUUCUACCAGCCGAGCGAAUUCAGUAGCGACUUUGAUGACCCUUUCCUUGGUGUGGACUUCGACAUUCAGGGUGCAUUGCCCCAAUUUCUGGGGGGGUUUGACAGUAUUCAAGAACCCAUAACUCAUGUACCCGCUCAGAACGCCGGUCUUGGAGAUGCUCUAUAUCCUCUGAGUCCUCACCAGACGCCUGCCGUCCCGCCGACAGCAACCUUUGGUAACGUCGUAGAGGCCUGUGCCGACUUGGCGAGUUCUACUGAAUCUCAGCAUUUCGCAAACCAAGUUCAGCCUUUUACCCACUCCGUCAAUUCAAAUCAGUCCGCGCCCCAGCUCACACCUGACACCAACGGCGGCAGUUUUUCGAGUGACGAGAGCAUUACGCCGGCUACCCUCGCUAUGGCUACCCAAAGUCCUCGCGUUACCGUUUCCAUGUGGAAUCGGGAUGAAGAAGCUCCGAUACAAGGUGUUGAGAGGUCAUUUACUAGCAGCGCUGAAAGCCCUCGAACUACGCCCGGUUUACAAAAUCUGGCCGGCGAUUUAGCUGGUGAAAAUACCAGCGAGGGUAUCUCGGCAGUGCCGCGAGAUGCGCAUGGUAACUGGUUACCACAGUCUGCCGGAGGAUAUCGAGGCCUUGCUCCAGGUAACCGCCCUUCUGAGGAGGUACCAAGUCCUAACCAACAAGCCACUCGAAGGGAACGUGCCGAAAAGAAUAAAGAAGUUUUCGAAUGGGUUUCCCGAUCGGCCGGUGACCCGAGCAAUGUUUCUGGCGGUGCAGAGGGGUUUCCCGGUAGGGUUGCCGGUCGGCAGGAUUCGGAAGAUGACAACAUCCCUUCCGCCGAAAUACCCCUAGGAGAUGCAACUGAGAAUAAGUACAUUCCUGGUCGGACAUAUGUUAACGUAGAUGGGCCAGGAGGGCCUAUCACGCAAGUUGAUAUUGAAAUAAUGCGACAGCUCCCUGCUUGGAGCGAUGCACCGGCAAUCCAUGCCAUUCAAUCCGGUUCUCAGUAUCAGCCUGCAACAUCACAGGCUGCCAUCGAAAGGUUCAAUCGGCAAUGUCAGGAUAACGACUCAAUUGUCUCGAGAGCAGCAACCUGGGGAACACGCAGGCGGAGCUUGCCCAGCAUUGUGGACAUGGAAGAGGUUCUAAGCGGAAAUAUCUUCAAAAAGCUAUCUAUUAGUAGUCAUAGUCGCCGGCCAAGUUUCAUGAAGAGAAUCCCCAGCCUUGUGCGGAAGCCUAGCACCAGCCAACUACGGAAGCGUAAAGGAAGUAAUGCUAGUGAAGCCUCACCAGAAGAUGUUGGAGAAAGUGAGCGUCGGGAGUCUAAAGAUACGCUGGCACCGCCGCCACGUACCUCAAGCUGGGGAAUUAAUAAGAAGCAACCUCCCAGUAUAAACACUGCUUUAAUCGGAAUGGCUGCGGGAGCUGCCUCCAUCGGAACAACUCAUGUUCGGAACGGUUCAAUUAGCGCAACGGUAGCUUCGCCAAAAAGCUCAUUCGGAGCUCUUAGUAUACCAUCGGUUAAAAAUACCCUUUUGAGGCCGAGGAGUAGGACCGAACUUCCGAAGAGUGUCAACACGGAAUUCUUCUCUCACCCAAACCUUGUGGGUAUGUUGAAAAAGCAAGGCGGACCACCCGUCGCUGCACUAGCGGGGACGCGCUCUGUAAUAGAACAAGAUGACGACGAGGAUGAGGAUGAGGAUGAAGAGGGGUUUGAUGACUCGGACAUAAAGACUGAGCCGAACAAAUCGAAACUCAUUGAACCAACUUUCGCGGGUUUCCGGGAGCACGUACUUGAUCUUAAUCCUGGCCUUCCAAGUGAGAAUGGAUGGCUAGCCGACCGCAUUGCAUAUCAGAUGGUUAUACGCUAUAAACAACUCCAGAACGCCAAAAUUAAGCAUUUAAAUCAGGUUCGACAGCAGAAGUGUCUUAGCGGGACACAAUGCAUCGAUCUUGGUGGAUCAGCGGUUCCUCUUGAUGGCAAAGGGAACGAGCGCAGUUUUGACCCCUUAUCAGCUCGAGCAGAUUCUUCCGACGGCGACACCACGCCACUUGAAGGUGGUAUUAGCCCGGAAAGCUUUCCACAGGGCAUCCCUAUGCCUCCCACUUCGUCUCUCCCAGCAGAAUUUGAGUGUCAGCUAUGCUUCACGAGUAAGAAGUUCCAGAAACCUUCCGACUGGACCAAACAUGUCCACGAGGACGUCCAACCAUUUACGUGCACCUGGGAGAAGUGCCAAAAUCCUAAGAUGUUCAAGAGAAAAGCAGACUGGGUCCGGCAUGAAAAUGAAGGCCAUCGUCACCUCGAAUGGUGGACGUGCGACGUUGACGAUUGCCGGCAUGUCUGUUACAGACGUGACAACUUCUUACAGCAUCUCGUUCGCGAGCAUAAGUUCGCGGAGCCAAAGAUCAAAACGAAAGCUGCCAUAAAAAAAGCUGGCGGCGGUGACGGCACCUGGUGGAGAGUAGAAUCGUGUCACGUCGACACAUCAGUUAAGCCAUCUAACGAGCCUUGCCGGUUCUGCCGAAAGACGUUCCCGACCUGGAAAAAGCUUACGGUCCACUUGGCGAAGCAUAUGGAGCACAUCAGCCUUCCCGUCUUAGAAGUCGUCGCCAGGAAAGAGCUAGAUGCUGACACAAUCAUCAGUCCCAUACAGGAUCCUCCACGUCCCAGUUUCCCAUUGCCCCCAGUGAAACAAGAACCUCCAAGCUUUAGCCCAGGAAAUGCCAAUACACCGAUUUCCGUUCCCAUGUCUACAGGGCCGGUAGCGUAUCCCCAGGAUGACUUUAACUACAGCAUGGCCCGGAUGCCCGUACAAAAUCCCGUACAAAAUGACUACUAUAGCCCACACCCAAUAUCACGGUCAUAUAACGAGAUGACGCCUAACCAAGGGCCUAGCUUGAUGAUACCCAAUUAUAACAACAACCCACAUUCACCCCAACCUCCAUACCAAUCGGUACCCGUCACUACAAUGCCAUCGUUUGACCAACCUGCAAAUACUUACGUGAAUUUGCAACCUCAGCAGGACGGUUUGGAACAAUUUCCUGCAUUCGAUAUGAACGCUCUAGGGAUCCAGGAACCGACCGAGUCUUUGUGCUACGGUAACCUCGCAGCUGGUAAUAUCCAACCUGUCGAGCAGUAUUCCAACCACGGUGGCUCCGUCUCACCUUAUCAGCGGUCACCUCACCCAGGCCAAAAUGACUUUUAUAGUUCGUGAGCGGAAACGUUAUUUGUGUUUUGCAAUAUACUUUGCGAUACCUCCUUAUGAUAGAUACCCUAAAGCUGGAAUGUGUAGGAUGUCCCACGAUGCUCUUGGGCCUACCUCUUACCUCCGUGAGAAACUUAUGAUAUCCUAUGGCGUUAUUUGGGUACAAUAUAUAUCUUUCUUUUCCUGACAAAAGUUACUUGGCUGAUAGACCACAAGACUAUCUCGUGGAGAUCAUCUUCACGCUACGUUAUAUUUAU